AUGAGGAAAAAACUGAUGACGUCAAUAGGCGCGGAGGAAAGUAUGAAUUGUCACGUGAUUGUGCGUGUGUUUUCACGUGACAAUCCCACCCACCUGUUGCCUCUUUCUCCCGACCACCUACCUCGUAGCCUCUACCUCCACCCCGCCACGCCAUCCUUUCUUUCCCACCGCGCCGUCCUCUCUCCCUCCCACCCGCCGUCGCCUCCCACCCGCCGUCGCCUCUCCUUCCUACCCGUCGUCGCCUCUCCCUCCUCCCCGCCGUCGCCUCUCCCUCCUCCCCGCCGUCGCCUCUCCCUCCUCCCCGCCAUCGCCUCUCCCUCCUCCCCGCCGUCGCCUCUCCCUCCUCCCCGCCGUCGCCUCUCCCUCCUCCCCGCCGUCGCCUCUCCCUCCUCCCCGCCAUCGCCUCUCCCUCCUCCCCGCCGUCGCCUCUCCCUCCUCCCCGCCGUCGCCUCUCCCUCCUCCCCGCCGUCGCCUCUCCCUCCUCCCCGCCGUCGCCUCUCCCUCCUCCCCGCCGUCGCCUCUCCCUCCUCCCCGCCGUCGCGUAUCCCUCCUCCCCGCCGUCGCCUCUCCCUCCUCCCCGCCAUCGCCUCUCCCUCCUCCCCGCCGUCGCCUCUCCCUCCUCCCCGCCGUCGCCUCUCCCUCCUCCCCGCCGUCGCCUCUCCCUCCUCCCCGACGCCGCCUCUCCCUCCUCCUCGCCGCCGCCUCUCCCUCCUCCCCGCCGUCGCCUCUCCCUCCUCCUCGCCGUCGCCUCUCCCUCCUCCUCGCCGCCGCCUCUCCCUCCUCCCCGACGCCGCCUCUCCCUCCUCCUCGCCGUCGCCUCUCCCUCCUCCUCGCCGCCGCCUCUCCCUCCUCCCCGACGCCGCCUCUCCCUCCUCCUCGCCGCCGCCUCUCCCUCCUCCCCGCCGUCGCCUCUCCCUCCUCCCCGCCGUCGCCUCUCCCUCCUCCCCGCUCUCGCCUCCGGCGACAGCGCGUGAGAGUGCGCGUGAGAGAGCGCGUGAGAGUGCUCAUGAGGGAGCGUGUGAGAGAGUGCGCGUGAGAGAGAGCAUGGGGGAGCGCGUGAGAGUGCUCGUGAAAGUGCGCGCGAGAGAGCUCGUGAAAGUGCGCGUGAGAGAGCGCGUGAGGUAG